GGCUUAGCAGAGUCUGUAAACUGAAGCGUAUGUAACCUGAGGUACCACUGUAAAGCAUCCAUGAUAGAUGGCCAGCCAACCUCAGCUUCAAAAACGCCCAGGAAGAAGAGCCUACCAUUUAUAUGGACGGUUAUUGAAAUGUGAAAUAUCUUUGUCAAAAAGGAAGCAGUAGGCCAGAUAUAAUGCCAUGGUGGGGGGAAGUCUGUCCACUGGCUUUAUCUGGGAUGGCACAAAGCUUAGUUGACCUGGGGUAACUGAUAAACACCUUUGCUUUCCCAACUUUUCAUGUUGGCGACACACUUUUUAGACAUGCAUCAUUUCGUGACACAUUAAUUCGGUUUUACUGGCAAAGCACUUUCCAGACCCCAGAGGAGAGCAGGGAGCGUUCGCACGACACACCUACACACUGCAGCCAACACACGUACAUGUUGUGACACACAGUUUGGGAAGCUCUGAUGUUGAGAAUGCUUGUGCGUCUCAAAGGGAAGAGCCUCCAGGUCAUGGAAACGUAUGAUCUGGGUAAAUCAAGUCUCGUUUUGGACAUGCAAGGGGAUAUAAUGCUGAUUCCUCACCAAGCCUUCUCCAAUACGUUCAGUCCAAUAUGCUUUGCUGCCUGAGCUGGAACAGUGGAUAUUCCAUCCCUAUGUCAAAGUACACAUUACUCACUCAGGGCUGGUUGAUUCAUUUUGGUACCUGAGGCAGAAAAUCCCUCCUGCUCUCUGGCAGAAGAAAUAUAACAGCGACGCAUUAAAUAACUAACAAUUUGCUGUUCUUUUGUGGCAACUAAAAUCUGCAGAAUGAGGCAGUUGACCAAAGCAAGUCUCCGGCUGGAUUAAAGAAGCGUUUCGGUUAAACACGUUGCAAACUUUGUAUGAGAAAUCGGGUUAGCAAAAAUGGAACUCCACAGCGCCUUCUGGUGUCACAGUGUUAGAAUGCAUAAAGAACGCAUAAAGUGCCUUUUCUUUGCCAAUGUAGCUGAGUCCUCUGUCCCUCACAUCCUGGCUUCUUUUGGUUACACUUAAGUGUGACAGUAGGGACAGAGUGGUGCAGAACACUGGGAAUAUUAUCUAUUUAACAUCUUGAUGACUUGAUACCUCUUGUGGUGGACAAUGGCUUGUCGACAGUUGAGCACUGUUUAGCUGUUAUUCCACCUUUCCCUCAAAUAUGAUCAGCAUUCUCCACUACCUCACAUAUUUGAAUAUUUGAACCUUUAUAGGCCCAUGACCACAAGUAGAAGGGGGAGGCCCUGCAUAUUACCCUCUAACACCUCCAGAGUCUAAAAUUAUCAAACUUUGCUUCUGUACAUCCUGUGCAUAUGGAACGGGAUCCAUGUUAUAUAUGCUGUUAUAUUCCAGGGCCAGAUAACAGACUAGCAGGCCCAUUUUGCACAUGUUGAAGUUUCCAGACUGUUUCAAAAAGUGUUCCCAGGUAGAGAGCGUUGUGGGAAUCUAGUCCAGAGGAGGGUGGAGGCCCAACUUCUAUAGGAAAAGCUGCAUAAGAACAUAAGGAGAGCCUGCUGGAUCAGGCCCAUGGCCCAAGCACCCUGUUCGCACAGUGACUGAACAGUUGCCUGUGGCAAACCAAGCAGGAUUCGACCACGAGGACACUCGCCCCCCUCCUGUGGUUUCCACCAGCAACCGGCCACAGCCUCCAAAAGGCACUCUGUGUUUCUGUCAAUUCCACCAGCCCAUCCAGGGAAGACCCUCCGGUGCCAUACCUGUAGCUGCACACCUGGCACUUCAUCAGAAAUGUAACCGUUCCCAGAGCACAGCGAUAUCCUCACCCAGAUUGUCAGAACCGCUAAUAGAUAGCAUCUCUGCCUUAUCAGAAAGCUGGUAGUACCUGAAAAAGAUGGAGUCCUCAGUAGCAACAGGAGAAGAACAAUUUGGCACAUCUGUUUCUGAGUAUGAUGCUGUCACAGAGGGAAAGAAUCCUUGCAUCUCUCCCUCACACCUGCAACCCAAGCAGAAAACCAGCUGGGAAGAGAACGCCGAGCUACUGGGAGAGAGCACCUCUCCUUGCAAGCUUGUGCCUUUGUCCAGUGUGAAUGAGAGAAUUGCAUUGCAGCAGCAGCAGCAAAAAGAUUUACCCCUGAAGAUAACCAUGGCAAGAUGUAAGACUGGGCUUCCUGACUCUCAGCUGCAGGGUUAUCUGAGAGGACGACUUCGUCUUCUGGAAAACGAUGACAAAAAAGCCAGGGCAGUUUUCUGUGAGUUGUCUGCCAGGCUGCUGUCCAUUCACAGUGAAGACCAACUAAUAGUGGUGACAUUUUGGACCUUUGAAGAAAUCUGGAAGUUUGUAACUUAUUAUUCCCUUGGUUUUUUAAAUCAUUGUAUGGAGAAUCUGUUGCUAGAUGAUUAUUUCUGGCUCUCUUCAUCAGAGGAAUCAGUUGGAAUUGAUGUUAGUCUUGAUGAGGAAUGUCUUGGUAUGAUAUACAGAGGCCUAUUAAUUCAAGAAGGUACCUUCUUUGUAUAUCAUAAUGAAAACGUAAGUGAGAGAAGAGCUGCAGACGCUGGAGUCGGAAUUCACCAGCUGAAUUGGUCCGCUACUGAGAAAGCUCCUGAAGAAAGGGGGGGAAACCUCGCUAAGGGCUUGCCAGAGCCCCUGAUCCCGUUCCAUCAAUGGUUUCUGAAAGAAAACACAGACUCUGCUGAUUUUGCUGUAAGAAAUGAAUCUGCAGCCACAGAUCAAAUAGCCACAGGAUUUUCUGUAGCAAUUGUUAGCCACGAAAGUGCUGUGCCUGAGGAAAUUGGCUUCCAGAAAGGAGACAGAAUUGAAAUUAUUGGCUACUUUAUGAAAUGCAUGAAGUGGUUUGUGGGAAGACAUGCCCCUACUGGCCAAGUUGGUUUUGUGCAGAGUAGCCAUGUCAAACCUGAUGACUUCGAGACGACUGCAGCAGAACCACCAUGCCUGACUUUCUUUGAAGAGGAGCAUUCUAUUUCUGCAGAAGAAAAUGCCCUUUUGGAAGAAAAUGUGGUGAAUCUCUUGGGACAAACAUCACAUUAUAACAUUUGCAAUUUAUAUCAAUUAGAUGGCCAGGAAGAUUUUGAAUUGGAGAAAUCUACCGAGCGAGAGAUGUCACAUUCCUUCCUUAACAAGCAUUCUGGCACAAUGAAAGACAAUAUGGUGCAUUCCCUGAUGAAAGUGAGAAGCUUACAGUUGCACAGGGAAGAGGUCAAGGAUCAGAAAAGGCCAUUCUCUGCUUCAGAUGAGGAGAUGGCUUCUAAAUCCCAGGAUCCACACUUCUGCAUAUGCCCAGAUGAUGGAGUUUGUGGGCCAGAAAUCCUUGAUUCCUUACUGUUGUUUCUGAACUGCAAAGGAUAUGAGAGCAGUUUCAAAAGCAUAUAUGACCUCUCAUUUUCCUUUCUUAGCACCCUAUUCCAUGGCUAUGCCAGCGAGGAAGAUCUGGUUGAUUAUUUUGUACUGGCAAGGGAAGCAGCCAAACGGGCAAGUCUGCCAAGGGCUUUGGCGCGACUCUGCUAUCUCCUGGGGAGAAUGAGUGUCCGGAAGUUCAAGCUUUCUCAAGCUCGGGUUUAUUUUGAAGAAGCUUUGGCAACAACACAGGGAGAUUUUAGUGACCUCUUCCUUAUAGCUUCUCUUUAUACAAAUCUAACUGGUAUCUACCUGAAACAAAAGAACAAGGAAAAGUGUGCUUGCUUUUUUGAAAAGGUGGCUUCUUUGCUUAUGGGAAUUCCCAACUAUAUCAGCAGCAACAGAAUGGAAUCAGAUAUUCUGAAGUAUGCUUUAAAAAGGGCAGUGCUGAGUCAAAGCAAGUAUGCAGAAGCUAGAGCAUGCUUCCUGCUAGCAAAGCACUAUCUGAACUUUUGCCAGGGCGAAGAAGCCCUGCCAUUCCUAGAAAGGCUGCAGCUUCUGAGUAAUGCCUUGGGUUUACAAAAUGGCUCAUUGUCAGUUGAUUGCUAUUUUAAGCUAGGUCCGCUCUACAGUGAGAAGUGUUUGCCCCACCUUGUGCUAAGCUGUGUUAAGGUCGCCUCUUCUUGCAGCUCAUGUACUUUGUUGGAGUUAUUCAGAAGCAUUGACUUAGUAUUUAAAAAUGCUCCCAAAGUCCAUUGUUUGAAAACUGUGGGACAAAGUCAUCCCUCCCAGACUGCAUAUUAUCUCAGACAAGUACUCCAUUUGCUAGAGACCAGCAAAGAACACCCAAAGUUGUGCAGCAUGGUUUGUUGCUAUCUCUCUCUACUAUAUAGCCACCACAAGCAGUACGGAAAAGCAAUUGACUACAUGGAGAAGGCACUAGAUACAAAUGCACAUUCAAGCAGUGAAGAACUUAUUGGUCAUUUAGUCUUCCUCAGUUGGCUGUAUAUUCUCCACCAACAAAACACGGUGGCUCUGGACAUUUUAAAUGCUGUAGUAGAGAAUACACAGAGCAGUCAUCAGCAGUUAGGUAUUGUUUAUAACAUGAUUGCCAUUGUUUUAAAGAGAAUGAAUGAUACAAAGCAGGCAGCUGAAAGCUACUAUAAAGCCCUGAGCAUUUCAAGAGAGAUGGGAAUAGUACAUAAUCAGGCUGUGGCUUUGGCCAACCUUGGGAUUCUUUGUCUGCAUUCAGCUGCCAGAAGUCUUGGAGAGCAUUUCUUAAUUAAAGCAGUAACACUGUUUUCUGAACUGCCAAGUGUUGAGUGUGGCAGAGAUUUUAUAUACAUCCUUCUCAGGCUGGGAUGCUACUAUGCCAGUGGAUUUUAUAAAGAUAAAGGGAGAUGUUGUUUUGAAUGGGCAUUUUUGGUAGCAAUGGAAGCAAACCAUUUGGAAGGGCAGCUCCAGGCCGUUCAGCAUCUGUGUCAGUUCUACAGUACAGUUCUUCCAGAUGAAGCUCUGUGUGUCGUCUACAAUGAGUAUCAACUCUCCUUAGUUAGGAAACUAUCUGACAAAGUCAUGGAGGGACAGAUAUUGGAAACGAUCAGUCAGCUGUAUCUAUCUUUAGGCACAGAAAGGGCGUACAGAUCUGCCCUGGAGUACACUAAAAGAAGCCUUGGGAUAUUCAUUGAUCUUCAAGCAAAAGAGAGAGAGGCACAGGCUUGGCUUCAGGCAGGAAAGAUAUAUUACAAAUUGAGGCAGAACGAGCUUGUAGAUCUUUAUAUCCAGGUUGCCCAAAAUGCUGCUCUGUGUACUCAUGAUCCUAAUUUGCAAAUGGAAUUGUUUGAAGCUUCAGGAGACAUAUUUUUUAAUGGAGAAUGGGAAAAGGAAAAAGCAGUGCCUUUCUACAGGGACAAGGCUCUACCACUUGCUAUUAAGAUGAAGAACAGCAACGCUGAACUCCGACUCUUCAACAAACUGGUGGGAUUGCUGUUAACUCUAAAGGUGUAUGAUGAAUGUCUGGGGUAUGCACAAACAGCAUUAAUGCUCAGUGUCAAUUUAGGGAAUCUGUUAAAUGAAAGGAUAGCCUUUCACCGGCUGGCUGUUAUCUACCAUCAUCUAGGGCAAGUUGAACUCACUGAGCACUUCUUCUUAAAAGCCUUGUCUCUCUGCUCCUCACCUCUUGAGUUUGAUGAGGAAGCCCUAUACUAUGUAAAAGUGUACCUUGUUCUUGGAGACAUUACAUUCUAUGACUUAAAGGACCCUUUUGAUGCUGCUGGAUACUAUAACUUGGCCCUUGCAGCUGCCAUGGACUUGGGCAACAAAAAGGCUCAACUGAAGAUUUACACAAGACUUGCGAUAAUUUACCACAACUUCCUGGUGGACCGAGAGAAGUCUCUCUACUUCUACCAAAAGGCAAGAGCCUUUGCCACAGAGCUUAAUAUUCGCAGAAUAAAUCUAGCCCCCGAUCAACGUCUGAGGGCAUCAAGGGAACCGUUGAAAAAUGCCAAGUGAGGACGUGGCAUGAGGGGACUUUGUGCUGAGGAGAUUUUGAUUCUCUCUUAGCAAAUUGUAGCAUUGCUUGUGAAAUGGUACACGGUGCAUAGGGCUGCUGACCUGAAUGCCGGUACUUUAGCUCCUGCUCUUGCAUACAGAAAUGUGUUUGCAAAUGUGUCUUCUGUCCCCAAAUGUGCAGCUGUAUGGGCUCCAGUGAAACGAGAGCAAAAGGUUACUGGAGAGCUUUGGCAACAAUCCAGCUUACAAGCAGAUUUUGGACCGAAUUCUUCACAUACUCACUGUUGGAAACAGAGGAAUCUUAAAAUACAAUUAACUGAAAUAAUAAAUAUACUGGCUGACUAAUCCUUAAACUCCAUCUGUAAUUAAUUACUAUGAAUGUUCUGGGAUGUGAUUGUGAAAUAUUUGUUUUAAAAUGGGGCUCAGGAAUAAAAAGUUGUAAUAUAUCCCA